AAAACAAGUAAAGCCCUAAACCUUAUUCUCGAAGCUCAAAACUUAAAACCCUAGCAGCUGCCUAGUACGGAAUAGCAUUCACAAUUACUCUUCUCUGUUCAACCAAAUAGUGAGCUAAAAUGUAUCUGCAGUUUUACAUAAACGAGAAUGGUGACAAAGUCUAUACCACUAAGAAAGAAUCACCACUGGGACUGGCAACAAAAUCUGCUCAUCCAGCCCGCUUCUCCCCUGAUGAUAAAUACUCAAGGCAAAGAAUUCUUUUGAAGAAGCGAUUUGGAUUGUUGCCAACCCAGCAGCCACCUCCAAAGUAUUGAACUAAUUUGGAGUUUAAUUGAUACUGUCUUGUUCUAGAGUAUCUGGAUUUGAAGCUUCAUGCUAAAUAGUGUUCUAUUUGUCGUGAUGUAGUAAUUGUCUGAUAGCUGUGAUAUGUUAGGCAUUGAAUGAACUAAGAGAGAUGUUGGUUUUACUUUUGAGAUAUUGUGUGGAAUGUGAGCAAGGCUUUGAGGAAUCAGAGGGUCUUGCUGUAUUAUUUGGAAUUGAAUUUGCGCGACUCUUUAUUUACAA